CGGAAAGGAGCUGGCGGGCAGAUGGCGAGGUCCCAGGCCGGGGGGUGUGCCCUAUUCGUCCCUGGCGCAAGAUGGCGCUGCCUUUUGCACGUUCGUUUUGCUCAUGCCGCUGGGGAGCCAAACGAUUGGGGGUUGCCGCCGCCGAAGCCCGCAGAGGCUUCAGCUUCAAACUGGACGAAAAAACCGCCCACAGCAGUCUAGCGCUCUUCAGAGGUGAUACAGGUGUUAAAUAUGGCAUAGUGGGAUUGGAGCCCACCAAGUUGGCCCUGAAUGUGGAGCGUUUCCGGGAGUGGGCUGUGGUGCUGGCAGACACAGCGGUCACCAGUGGCAGGCACUACUGGGAGGUGACAGUGAGGCGCUCCCACCAGUUCCGGAUAGGAGUGGCAGAUGUGGACAUGUCUCGGGAUAGUUGCAUCGGUGUUGACGAUCGUUCCUGGGUGUUCACUUAUGCCCAGCGCAAGUGGCACACCAUGUUGGCCAACAAAAAAGCCCCUGUUGAAGGCAUCAGGCAGCCAGAGAAGGUGGGGCUGCUGCUGGAGUAUGAGGCCCAGAAGCUGAGCCUGGUGGAUGUGAGCAGGGUUGCUGUGGUCCACACUCUUCAGACAGAUUUCCGAGGUCCAGUGGUACCUGCCUUUGCCCUUUGGGAUGGAGAGCUGCUGACCCACUCAGGGUUUGAGGUGCCUGAAGGCCUCUAGUAUGUCCGUUGCUGGAGUCCCUAAUCAUGCUCUCAAUCAUUCUCUGAAAGUGUCUGAAACCUUUUAAUUUUGCCACCAAACAGUGUCUCAUUUUGGAAACACAGUGUUGGGUUCUCUGUGCAAUAUCUUAGUCUUCUUCCUCUCCCAUGCCCUGUGAAAGCUGGGCAUAUAGCCACUCUUCCCCAUCCCCAAAUUACUGCUGAUUUCCCAAGCUAUCAUGUGUGUACUUUGCCUGACUGGCUUCCUUCAGCUCUUCUGCCUCCUUGUACCCAGGGCUUUCUCAGACUGCAUUCAGUCCUGGGGUGUUAGCUUUGAACUUUGAAUUUAUUCAUCACUGUGAUACCUCUGCUUCCCUUUGCCCCAUAUAAUCCCCCCACCCCUGGCUUUGGGGCACUACAGGAUCUCUCCAGAGUAAAUCCUUUCUACCUCUGGAUGGAGGAGUGGUGCAGUCAGUGACUUGGCCCUUUCUCUCUAUAGUACAUAGAGUCUGGGCUCUGGCUCCCUCCGGAAGUGCUUUACUGUGUCUGAAUGAAACAGGGCCCUCCUUCCCCAGUACCUCAGUGCCAGACUCUCAGCUCCACACAGCUGCAGCUGUCACCACCCAGAGUCUGUCUGCCUUAAUCUGCACACCUCUGACAUUUGGUCAAUCUGUUAGAAUCACUGGGCCAGUUACAACGGUGACCAAAGGAGAUAAGAUACUUUUGCCACAAUUGGAACUUCCAGAGGGAGGAGGGAGGCCUGAGGUCUUGCACAACCCAUUUUGGGGCCUGCUUAGUCCCAAACCCUCAUGUAUUGCCACCUCUCCCUCCCCCAACCCCCCACCCAACCUGACCUCUGGCAGGAGAAUACAGUUAA